AUGGAUUAUACGGGUUGCAUUGUUUACUACCACGGGGAGUUGAUGUGCGUGCGUGACAGCCAGACUAAGCAGUCGUGGUGUCCAGACUGUGUUGAACUCGAGGAACGAGUGUGUCAAGCAGCCUCCAAAAGACCUGCCAAACUCGUCCAGGUGUCUGUGGGAGACAGGCCCACUUGGAAGGACCCGGAGUGCAGCUAUCGCAAGGCUCCCUUCAACCUUACCGAAAUACCUACUCUUGUUCAGUACGAUACAGAAGGUCAUGAGGUAAAACGGUUGGUUUGUGACGACAUCAAAAAUGAAUCAAAGCUGCAACAAUUUUUUGAAUAG